CACAGAGGUUGUAUUUGUUGUUUUCGGUUUGUGAUAUAACUUCUUCUAUUCGAAUAAUAAAAAACAAAAAAUAUGAAUAAUUUGCCUCUUUUUUUGUGGACUGAUCUAUGUAUUUAAAAUUUACAGUUUAAUAAGAUAAAUCAUGAUCGGUUUAUCUACUUAUCGGAUUGCCUUGUAAUCAGAAUGGGUUAGGUUAAGGCCCAGCAAAAGCCUGCCUACACGGAAAUUGUUUAACACGAGAGAGGAGAUACCACGUCAUUAAAACAUACAAAAUGGGAUCAAAACGCGGCGCGAUAAAUAAGCACGGUCGUUGCCUUGGUGAAGAGGUUUUUGUUUGUUGCGCGAUUAAAAAAAAAAGCCUUGGAGAAGAGGUUUUUGUUUGCUCUCUGUAAAUAUCUAUUUGCUCUCUCUUCCCAGCAUGUCAUCAUAUCAAUGUACCAUCAUCAAUCCACUGCCUUGUCUUCUUCCUCCGUCUGAGUGGAUCUUUGAGUUUCUUCUUCUCCUUUUCGGUGUUCGAUCGCUAGAAUCAUGCCUACGUUAUAUGCUGCCACUCUGGAUAGAUCACUAUCUCGUGAAUUAAUAAGUCCAAGCACAUUGCAUUCGAAGCCACCUAUUUCAAACGAUGAAAGCAAUCAACCUAAAGAAUUAAAUACACUGUUCACUCGUCCUCAGAUGUCACCUUCUCUCUAUGCCACUCCUAAAGAAAUCCCUCGCCCCAAUUCGCCAUCUUCCUACCUUCCAUCUCCCUAUAUCAUCAAUCACAAAGCACGAGGGCCUCCUCUUGUUUUCAAAAGUGACUCUCAUCUGGAUGACGACCCUUCUGAAAAGAUUUGUGAGGCUACUUCUUCUUUGAGUAAGGCUACUUCUUCUUUGAGUAAGUCCACAUCCCUAUCGUUUCCUGUCAGUGAUGCCACAGCAGUGGGUCACACACAAGGCAUCCCUGAACGUCCUGUUUGGGAUUGCAGCCCCCCUCAUGGGAACUAUUGGAAGCCGGGAAGAGAUAUCUGCAGCAACGGUGAGACUGGAAGCAAUAACGCUACCAAUCCCUUAGAAUGGAAAAGUUAUUUGUUGGAGCCUGUAAGAAUUAAAGCAGACAAGGAGCUUGACUCUGAACAUUUCUAUAACCCUCGUGAAUCAGUAAACUUCACAAGUAACACAGAGGUCCAAGGUGUUGGAGGAGCUGCAAGCUCACAUAAUACAACUGUUGGAGAGUUUUAUGAUGCUUGUGAUGAUGAACUAUCAACCGACAGUGGAAUACAGAGUUCAGUUAACAACAGUGAAACUGAGCUGAGGGAGAUGAGGUUGAGCAUGCUAAUGGAAAUCGAGAGGAGGAGGCAAGCAGAGGAGACGCUAGAGCAAAUGCAAGUUCAUUGGCGGAGGCUUCGUGAGCAGUUGGCCCAUGUGGGUCAGUUCCUUCCUCUUGAUCCUACCAGCAGCCCAUACAGCAUGAACCUAGCAGAUGAGCUACAUCGUCAACUUGAGGUCACCAGGUUUGUCUCUGACUCAGUAAGCAGUGACUUGGCCAAGGCAGAGGUGGAGAUGGAGAUGCAAGCUGAGCUCGAAGCUAAGAACUUUGAAAUCACCCGGUUGACUGACCGUCUUCACUAUUACGAGACCGUGAACCAGGAAAUGUCCCAGCGCAACCAAGAGGUCAUAGAGGAAGCAAGGCGAGAAGGGGAAAAGAGAAAGAGGAGGCAGAGGUGGAUUUGGGGAUCAAUUGCUGCAACCAUCACAAUCGGGAGUGGAGUCUUGGCUUGGUCGUACCUUCCUCCCGGAAUGUUAUCUUCGGAUGAAGC